AUGUCCAACAAAGCGAUGAAAAUAUUUUUAAUGAUCGUAUUAAUAUUUAUUGCAAUUUGCAUCGUUUAUCGUUAUAAAAUUUUUGAACAAGGAACUUUGAGAGAAAAGGAGAAAGUUGUAAACUGGCAUCCUUCUCGUUCUGUGGUUGAAUCACCAGAACUGUCGAGAAUCAGUGAAUCUGAUCUCACGCUGAGUUCCGUCUUAGAAAAAAUUCCAACGGCCAUAUUUCUCGACAUAGGAGCAAACAUUGGCUACUACACGAUACAAGCUGCCAAGUUAGGACAUCGUGUGCUUGCAGUUGAACCCACGCCCGACCACUUGAAAAGAAUUCACAGAGCUUUGGAGUUAGAAAACUUGACAGAUAAUGUUGUGCUGCUGCAGAAUGCUCUUGGUGUCAAUAGGCAAGCAGUUAAUAUUUACGUCAGCAAAGUUAACAAGGGAGAUAAUUUGAUGAUGCCCUUAAACUCGAAUCCAACUCUAGACACCCACAAACUCUCAAGCACGGUCGUUAACGCCAUCUUGUUAAACGAUCUAGAGCCAGUUCUGUCAAAAAUUUCAGGACCACAAAACUUGGAGUCGACACCAGUUGUCAUGAAAAUCGACAUUCAAGCCAUGGAAACCGCGGUCCUGGUUACUGGGGCUCACGUUUUUGCUCAUGUCAACGUCACUUUCGUUUCUAUGGAGUGGGAACCAGCUAGCAGUGGCGAUGUUGGACAGAAAAAUGAAAAUUUGAGAAGAUUUUUCAAGGAGAGAAAUUUCCUCCCUUUCAACUGCUGUAAAGAGGGAGCACUUGUUGCGAACAUGGAAAAGUGCCCUGAAAAUGUUUGUUGGAGGAGAGCGGAUGACUGA